AUGAGAGCCACCGUCUGCGCCUCGGUCCUCCUCAGUCUCGGCCUCUUCGCCCCGGCCAGCGAGGCUGAGCUCGCGCUCGCCCAGCAGGAUCCGCCCGAACGGGACGAGGCGACGCGGACGCUGGUAAAGAAGAGCCUGGAGGACGAGCAGGCGAUCCAGGCGGCCCAGUCCUACGAGUUCGAGUACCUGCCGGAGUCGUCGCCGGACUACGAGAGUUCCCAGGCCGUCGAACCCGUGGCCGCGGCCAGCCACGACGACCACCACGACCACCACGACCAUCACGACCACCACGACCACCACGACCACCACCAUCACCACCACCAUCCUAAGGUGGGCUACAGCGUGGGCGGGCCGCUGGUCAACAUAGCGCGGGGUGCGGCCCAGGCGGCGCACACCUUCGAGAAGAACCAGCCGGCGGCGGCGGCCCAGGCGGCCUACGUGGCCAAGAACCGGCUGGGCCAGUCCGCCGGCCUGAGCGCCGCCACCGCCGCGGCCGCCUUCGCCGGCAAGCAGAUCAUCCUGCGGGGACUCGAGCAGCAGGCCUACAACGCCCACCGCGCGCUCGAGAGCGAGAAGCUGCAACUGCAGCAGGCCCAGCGAGCCGCCACCGCCGCCGCCCAUGCCGCCCAGCAGGCCAUGCACCAGGUGCAAGUCAUCACCACGGCGCUGAACGCUGCCCAAGCCACGUCCCAGCACGCCGGCCAGGCCGCCGCGGAGGCGGCAGCCGAGCUGGCCGCCCAGACGGCCAUGGUAGGCGCAGCCAAGGCGCGCCUGCAGGCCAUCGAGGACCAGCUGCACCACGCGCGCAUCGACUUCGAGGCCACGCAGGCGGCUAACUUCAAGGCGGCCCACGCGGCCCAGGUCGCCCAGAACAAUGCCGCCGCGGCCGCGGCCCACGCCGCCGAGGUGGCCAACAAGGCUCACCACCACCAUCACCACCAUCACCAUCACCACCGCGAGCACCACGAGCACGACCACCACCACCACCACCCGCGCGAACACGAGCACCACGCCAACCUCGAGAACAACGAGGCCGGCGACGCCGAUGACGACGACGACGGCAGCCAUGACGAGUCCGUCGCCGUUCCCGUGGCUGCUGCGAUCAAGGACCCGGUUAAGGUCAACGACUCCGGCCCGGAGGGCAGUACGCCCACGCGAAUACCGCAACAGGCCACCGCCGACUACUCCGGCAACCUCGCUGCGCUUCUCGACGCCAACAAGGACGAGCUCUACGACACUUACGACAGCUAUCCUUAUUAA